CCAAAAAAAGGAAAAAAAGUUUCUCUGACAGAACACAGCUUGGCCAUAGCUUGAACUCCCAUGGAGACCAAAACGCACGUCGCUCUCAUCUCGAUCCCGGCGUUUAGCCACCAAGUCUCGAUUCUUGAAUUCGCGAAGCGUCUUGUUCAUCUCCACCCUGACUUCCACGUGACCUGCAUCAUCCCGACCAUCGAAUCUGCUCCCUCCGCCUCCGUGCCGUUCCUUCGAGCUCUUCCUCCGGCUAUAGAUCACGUUUUUCUUCCCCCCGUGAGCUUCCACGACCUUCCUGAAAAGACGUCGCUUCAAGUCCAGCUUCAGCUCGCCGUUUCUCGCUCCAUCCCUUACGUGCGGGAAGCCUUGAGGUCCCUCAUAGCUUCAACGAACCUAGUCGCAGUUGUCGUUGAUCCCUUCGCUAAUGAGGCGAUUGAACUGGCCAAGGAGCUAAACGUCUUGUCGUAUAUUUACUUCCCUUCGUCUGCCAUGUUGCUCUCGCUUUGUCUUUAUUCAACGAAGCUGGACGAGAAGGUCGUUUCGAACUGUGAGUUCCGAGACCUUCCCGGAUUUAUAGAGAUUCCAGGUUGCGUCCCUGUUCGUGGCAUAGAUCUUCCAGAUAAUCUUCAAGAUCGAAGGGAUCUAGCGUACAAGCAGUUCCUUCAACGAUGCAAACGGCACCGUUUGGCUGAUGGUAUUUUCGUCAAUAGCUUCGUUGAGAUGGAAAGCGGUCCCAUCAAAAAGAUGCAAGAGAAAGGACCCUUCGAGGAUGGAGAAGCUACGAAUGUCUAUCCAGUUGGACCCAUCAUACAAACCGGGUCAACGAAUCGGGAAAUUGGGUCAGAUUGCUUGAAAUGGUUGGACCUGCAACCACCCAACUCUGUGCUGUACAUUUCUUUCGGAAGUGGUGGGUCCCUCUCUGAAGACCAAAUCAAAGAGCUAGCAUUAGGACUAGAACUGAGCAACGUAAGGUUCUUAUGGGUCAACGUGAAGGCUCCAAGCAGCAAAGCGUCGGCCUCUUACCUGAUAAAGCCUGAAAAUGACCAGCUCGAGAGUUUCUUACCAAAAGGGUUCCAAGAGAGAACCCGGGAGCGAGGUUUAGUCAUGGCUUCUUGGGCCCCACAAGUGGACGUCCUCCGUCACGAAGCCACCGCCGCGUUCUUGACUCACUGUGGUUGGAACUCGGUGCUCGAAAGCGUCGUUAGCGGAGUGCCGCUGAUUGCUUGGCCGCUGUUCGCCGAGCAGAGGACGAACGCGGCGAUGCUCGUGGAUGGCUUGAAGGUGGCAGUGAGAUCACCAUCAGGGGUUCAUGAUCACCAGAAUGGCUUGGUGGAGAAGGAGGAAAUAGCGAAGGUGAUAAAGAGUGCGAUGGAAGAUGAAGAAGGCAAAGAAGUUCGUAGAAGAAUGAAGAAGCUGAAGGAUGCUGCUGAAAGUGCCAUAAUGGAGGAUGGGUCAUCCACAAAGACUUUGUCGGAUUUGGCGAUGAAGUGGAAAAAGUUCAGAGGCACAAUAUAA